AUGUCCUUCGAAGCCCCCCUCCCACCAUACAACUUCACCGACCCAACCGCCACCUUCUUCUCCGCAUCAUGUAUCGACCUCCUCCUCAUCGAACUGGUACCUCUGGUCCAGCGCAUGGCCGAAUCUGCGCCAUCCCUAGAUUAUCCCAUUCCGACUUCAUACUCCAAUAAGCUCAACGAAAUCGAAAACCUUCCUUCUACUCCCACGACACCCGGACCGAAUACCAAUACCAAUAGUACUAUUACCACUACUACUACCACUACCACCACCGCGACUACAGCAACAGCUGCAGAACCACCAACAGACGAAGACACAGCCCGCGAAGACCUCUUCAACCGUCUUGAAAGUCUAGGGUAUAAAGUCGGCAUCGGUCUCGUAGAACGGUUCUCGCGCGAUCGAUCUAGGUUCACGGAUAAUCUAGAUGUGAUCAAGUUCCUUUGCAAGGAUAUUUGGCAUCUCGUGUUUAGGAAGCAGAUUGAUAAUCUUAAGACGAACCAUAGGGGCGUCUACGUCUUAACAGAUCAAUUCUUCCGUCCACUCCUCCGCAUGAGUUCUUCCAGCGGUGUUCCAGCUGCUACAAAAGCCGCCCCCUUCCUCCAAUUCCCCUGUGGCGUCAUCCGCGGCGCCCUCUCAGCAAUGGGUGUAAACGCCCAAGUCUCAGCCGAAACCCCCGGUCUUCCCGGCGCCGUCUUUCAAAUCACUACUGUCAACAAAACUCCAUCUAGUUAG